AUGGAAAGGAUGAACAAUGUAACAGAAUUUGUUCUGCUGGGCCUGACCCAGAAUCCAGAACUGCAGAAAUUCUUAUUUGCUGUAUUUUUAAUCACCUACUUGAUCACACUGGCAGGUAACCUACUCAUCUCGGUCACCAUCUUCAUCAGCCCAGCUCUGGGUUCUCCCAUGUACUUUUUUCUAUCCUAUUUGUCCAUCAUAGAUGGCUUCUACUCUUCUUCCAUAGCACCUAAAAUGAUCUUUGACUUAAUCUCUGAGCGGAACACCAUAUCCUUCAAUGGCUGCAUGACUCAACUCUUUGCUGAACAUUUCUUUGCUGGUGCUGAGAUCAUUUUAUUAAUUGCCAUGGCUUAUGACCGCUAUGUAGCCAUCUGUAAGCCAUUGCAUUACAUGACCAUUAUGAGCCGACCUGUCUGUGGUUUCUUGGUAGGAAUGGCUGGAAUUUUAGGCUUUGUUCAUGGAGGGAUCCAGGUUUUGUUCAUGAUCCAGUUACCAUUCUGUGGCCCCAAUGUUAUUGACCAUUUUAUGUGUGAUUUAAUACCUCUCCUGGAGCUAACGUGUGCAGACACUCACACUUUGGGGCCCCUGAUUUCUGCCAACAGUGGAUCACUAUGUUUGCUCAUUUUUUCUAUGCUGGUUGCUUCUUACAUUGUCAUCCUGCGCUCCCUGAGGACUCAUAGCUCUGAAGGGCGUCGCAAAGCCCUGUCUACCUGUGCUUCUCAUGUCACUGUUGUCAUCUUAUUCUUUGUACCUUGUUCAUUCCUGUACCUGAGACCCACGACCUCCUUCCCUGCUGACAAAGCUGUGACUGUGUUUUGUACCCUAGUAACUCCUAUGUUGAAUCCUUUAAUCUAUACCCUCAGAAAUUCAGAAGUAAAAAAUGUCAUGAAGAAACUCUGGGGACAAAUAAUGAAAACUGGUGAUAAAUGA